AUGAGCCUCAUCCCCUCGGAUCAAGCUAAGUUCCGAAGGAUCAAUAGGGAUACUAUCGCCGAAUUAAUACCAAAAGGUCUGGCCUUUACCCGUCGAAGGAUACUCAAGAGUACAGACCAGGACAAGCGUCUGGGAGUGAAAGAGGACGGCGUGAAUACCGGCGCCGGAGAGCGGGUUGCAAGACUAGAGCGACUGAGUGUUGACACAGCGUCUCUCUCUCUCUCUCACUCUUGCUACUUGAGAGGCAGUAAGGUGGCAGGAGUUCCCAGGAGUGGCAUUGUUGCCGGCGGCUCUGUACACACCUCUCACACCCCCUUGACCCCCAUCACCGUCGCUGCCAUCCCCCCCAUCACCGUCGCUGCCAUCUCCCCCAUCACCGUCGCUGUCAUCCCCCCCAUCACCGUCGCUGCCAUCCCCCCCAUCACCGUCGCUGCCAUCCCCCCCAUCACCGUCGCUGCCAUCCCCGCCAUCACCGUCGCUGCCAUCCCCCCCCAUCACCGUCGCUGCCAUCCCCCCCAUCACCGUCGCUGCCAUCCCCUCCAUCACCGUCGCUGCCAUCCCCUCCAUCACCGUCGCUGCCAUCCCCCCCAUCACCGUCGCUGCCAUCCCCCCAUCACCGUCGCUGCCAUCUCCCCCAUCACCGUCGCUGCCAUCCCCUCCAUCACCGUCGCUGCCAUCCCCUCCAUCACCGUCGCUGCCAUCCCCCCAUCACCGUCGCUGCCAUCCCCCAUCACCGUCGCUGCCAUCCCCCAUCACCGUCGCUGCCAUCCCCCAUCACCGUCGCUGCCAUCUCCCCCAUCACCGUCGCUGCCAUCCCCCAUCACCGUCGCUGCCAUCCCCAUCACCGUCGCUGCCAUCCCCCAUCACCGUCGCUGCCAUCUCCCCCAUCACCGUCGCUGCCAUCCCCCAUUACCGUCGCUGCCAUCCCCAUCACCGUCGCUGCAAUCCCCCCAUCAUCGUCGCUGCCAUCCCCCCAUCAUCGUCGCUGCCAUCUCCCCCAUCACCGUCGCUGCCAUCCCCUCCAUCACCGUCGCUGCCAUCUCCCCCAUCACCGUCGCUGCCAUCCCCCCCAUCAUCGUCGCUGCCAUCCCCUCCAUCACCGUCGCUGCCAUCUCCCCCAUCACCGUCGCUGCCAUCCCCUCCAUCACCGUCGCUGCCAUCUCCCCCAUCACCGUCGCUGCCAUCCCCCCCAUCACCGUCGCUGCCAUCCCCUCCAUCACCGUCGCUGCCAUCUCCCCAUCACCGUCGCUGCCAUCCCCCCAUCAUCGUCGCUGCCAUCCCCCCCAUCACCGUCGCUGCCAUCCCCCCCAUCACCGUCGCUGCCAUCCCCCCCAUCACCGUCGCUGCCAUCCCCACCAUCACCGUCGCUGUCAUCCCCCCAUCACCGUCGCUGCCAUCCCCCCAUCACCGUCGCUUCCAUCCCCCCAUCACCGUCGCCGCCAUCCCCCCAUCACCGUCGCUGCCAUCCCCCCAUCACCGUCGCUGCCAUCCCCUCCAUCACCGUCGCUGCCAUCCCCCCAUCACCGUCGCCGCUAUCCCCCCAUCACCGUCGCUGCCAUCCCCCCAUCACCGUCGCUGCCAUCCCCCCAUCACCGUCGCUGCCAUCCCCUCCAUCACCGUCGCUGCCAUCCCCCCAUCACCGUCGCCGCCAUCCCCCCAUCACCGUCGCUGCCAUCCCCCCCAUCACCGUCGCUGCCAUCCCCCCAUCACCGCUGCCAUCACCCACUGUCCUUAAAGGGUCCGGUGACUGAGUAG